AUGUCUCAAUUCUGCAAAUUGCGGCGCCUUGUUGCCACAUUCUUCCGCGCAAACCCGCCGCAUAGCCUGAAAUUUCCCCUGCGUCAAGUUCCUGCGAUUUGGUAA